GGGGAGAGUUAAACAAGCUGGCACAUGCACUAGUACAACAGAGGUUUCUUUCUUUCUUUCUUUCUGAAGAUGAUGGGAGGAGGAAGGAUUUAAAUGCAAAUGCUCUGCCUUGAAGUGAAUUGAUAUGUGUUGUGUCGAAUCUGUUGGCAGCAGCAGCAGCAUAGGAAUUGGACGCCAUGGGAUUCGAUUCCUGGGCUAGCUGAUGUCCUCCUACAUUCAAAUUCGGGGCAAUCUGAUGCAGCCCUGCACUCGGGGGAGCUUGAAGUUGGUGAUGGCGGCCGCCGCGGGGGGUCGGCAUACUUCCAUCCUAUUGAUGAUGGGCGAUACCUCCUCCAUCCCGCUAGGCCUACGGCAUCACGGGGCAUUCCAACAAAUCCUGAGGCUUUGACGUAUACACACACACCCUCCUCCUCGUGGAGACUUACUCCUCUUCCUCCUCGCUGCCCUGCUCCCGUACCACCUCCUGGAGGUUUUUCCCUCUCGGGAGCUUCCAUGCCUCAAUUCAUUUCCGACCCAAGUUACACGAAUAUGCGUUCUACUCAUCAUCAUCAUCAGCAGCAGCAGCAGCAGUCAUUUGGCAGUAGCCGGAUAGAUCCUCAAAACUUGACGGCACCACCACCCCUGCCUGAAAGAGCCUUCAUCAAUGGCCACCGUGAUGCCGCUUUCCAAGCAGGCAGAAUAUAUUAUAAUGAUACAACAAACAAUCCGUACCAGGAUCGUGCUCUCUCGCUUAACCAGCAGCAGCAGCAGCAGCAGCAAUGCCACCACAGAGGUUUGAUCGAUCAAACUAGCUCAAGAACAAUGCGGGUUUUUCACGGCGGCAUUACACAGCAUGACUGCCGCCCACCAACCAGAAACCAGAACCAUCAGCACGAGGCAUCAAGGGAAGCCGAGAGGUGGCAAAAACCAGGAUAGUCUAGAUGAGGUAAUUAGUUGGCCCCGUG